AUGUGUCAUAGGUCCGGUAUGCAAGGACGGGACAGUGACGUCGUAUUGCAGGCAUGGCAAGCACAUCUCAAGUACGAAACCCUUCCCGAAGUUACCAUCGCUGCCGGGAGAGCGCCCUCGUUAAUUGAGGUCCCGAAGCAGCGUGUCUACACUGGUAGAAUGCCCCUAAACGCCACACUCGGAACUUCGUACACCAUGGACGCCGCCCUAUCCUCUCUUCUCGAAACAUUUAUAUCGAACAAUGAUGACUUCGGCACCACCUAUGGCCUUGUCCGCCCACUAUGGAGCGCCUUUAUUGAUGAUCGCAUAUGCAACCCGCAGAUGCCGCCUCGGCGCCUCUGGGAUCUAUACAGUAAUCGAGUGGUGCCCCAAUGGAUUGCUCCAGAAUUUCGUUGGAGAGCGCCAUGGGCUAUAUCGCACGCUUGGAUGAACAUCAACGACCGCAUUGAUGUAUUGACGCCCAUCAAUGGUAACGAAUGGCCUGUGCCAAUCCCAAAAGAUGCCGAUCUGGACCUUGUUCGCAUUGAGAUGCUGAACUUGGGAGCGGAGUACGUAUGGUUAGAUGUUCUUUGUUUACGACAGCGAGGCGGACGAGGGGAGGAUAUUCGUGGAGAAGAGUGGAAGCUAGACGUGCCCACUAUUGGACGCGUCUAUCGCAUUGCCGAGAAAGUAGUGUGCUAUUUCAGUGGGCUAGGGAGACCUUUGAGUUUUACUGCGAGCGACUUCGAGAGUGAUCGAUGCUGGUUCAGACGUGCUUGGACGUUACAAGAGAUCAGCAGCCAGUGGAUUAUUGGCGGGGAUAUGGGCGAUGAGAAACAUUUAGACGAGGACGUGCGGGUGAUAUUACAGGAGCAACUGACGUCCUUGGAAAAUAUCAUGCCGAUUACGGGUACCCAAUGUACCGACAAUGUGUUUGCUGUGGUGGCGCACAUGCAAAAACGGGUAUCGGAGAAUCCUGCAUGUCUUCUGGAGUCGACAGGCUACCGGCAUACUAUGAAAUGCAGUCUCUCGAGGACGCUUGGACAGCGCUAUUUCGAGGGCAGUUGCUCCUCUGGUAUCCUGAACCAGGGAAGGGACAUAGAAAAUGGAGACCAUCAUGGGAAGCAGAUCAUGACUGAGGUCCUACCAAUACAUGAGUCUCCACUAAGGGAGGAUGUUCAUCAGGAUGAAGAAACGGACAACGACUGGUACGAAGGUGUUAAUAUUGAGAAGGGCUAUGUGCGUGGAUUAGCCAUGGGAACCAUGGAACGAAGGGUGCGGCGAGGAGAAUUGGUCGUCCAAGAUAACUCCGGGACAAACCAUACGUUCAACAUCAUCGCAACCCACCAAUAUCCAAUCCCUGAAGACUUUUACACCUUGAUAUCCGGAUACUGGGAGCUGGGAUACUGGGUUGUUGGUCGACGAGUUCCAGAUCAAAGAUUUCAGAAGGUAUCAACAUUCAGAAUGUCCGAAGAAAUUGAAGGUCUACAGAAGCUGGCGAAACUUGGAGUUGGUAAAUGGUCGAAAAAUCGCCUUAUUUGAUUGAAUUGGAUUCAUAUUGGGCCCGGAACUGUUCAAAGGGAAAAAACCCGCAGUCAUUAUUUGUGACUCCUGCUGCUACCACAGCGUGUCCUGUAUUGCAUUCAAGGCUUAAGUAUCUUACCCAGGCAGCAGUCCUGAGCGCUGAAUCCCAUCUCCUUUGGUUAAUGAAGCAUUCCAUAAGCCACUAGAUGUCCUCUAGCUUAAUGGUAUACGAGCACUCGUGAUGAGCGCAGCGCCAGCAACAUCUCGCAGUUGCUAGUAGUCCCGGUCAUUUGUGAAAGCGCCACAUAUAAAUAAUCGGAUGGUGUCGACAAAAAAAGGUACUCUAAGUUAGAGCGCCAUUGAUAUAUAGUAAGGUCUGCGAUAACAAGCCCAUACAGUGAGUACGUGUCCCGGGAGAGAAAAG